AGGAGGAGGGGGGGGCCACGCGUUAAAACAUGGCGGCCACCACGCGUGGCUAACGCGAGCAGUGAGUUAACUCGCCCCGACUCAUUCGUCUCCCCGUGAUAAGUUCACCGCGGACAGAAUGCGCGCGGCGUCUGCUGGCGUGGACGUGACCAGCGGAGACGACAACCGACCUCGUCGUCGCGGUUAAAUGGGCAGUGUUGCGAUGGAUGAGCUGGCGCUCCGGGGUUUGGGGCCCGUGGCAGAUUCGUGCGCGCAGCACAGGGCAUUGGCAUACUUUGAACAGCUGAAAGCCUCCGAAGAUGGCUGGCAGCUGUGCGCCGAUGCCCUCAUUCGUGGUUUCUACAGUGAUGACCACAUCAAAUUCUUCUGUUUUCAAGUAUUGGAACAUCACAUCAAGCACAGGUAUCCGGUGCUGCUCUGCGCCCAGCGGCAGCUCAUUCGGGACACCAUGAUGACCUGGCUACAGACGCAGACCGUGCGCGAGACGCCAGAGAAGCCGUUUGUCCGCAACAAAGCGGCCCAGAUCUUCUCGCUGCUCUUCAUCUCCGAGUAUCCGACCACCUGGCCCAAGUUCUUCUUUGACGUCCUCUCCGUGGUGGGCUCAGCACCAGGCGGGGUCGACCUCUACCUACGAAUCCUGGUGGCCAUCGACGUCGAGGUGGUGGACCGCGAGAUCCUGCACACGCCCGAGGAGGCGCGACGCAACAUCCUCAUCAAGGACCACAUGCGGGAGCACUGCGUGCCCGACCUGGUCGAGUCGUGGUACCAAAUCCUGCACACCUACCAGUGCAGCAACGCCGAGCUCACCUGCCUGUGCCUGGACGUCAUCGGAGCCUACGUCUCGUGGAUCGACAUCAACCUCAUCGCCAACGACAGGUUCGUGGGGCUGCUGCUGAGCCACCUGUCGGUGGACAUGCUGCGCGAGUCGGCGUGCGACUGCCUCUUCGAGAUCGUCGGCAAAGGCAUGGACCCCGUGGACAAGACCAAGCUGGUGGAGCUGCUCAGCCAGGUGCUGCAGGCCGCCGGCUUCUUCAACCUCAAGCAGGACGACGACGUGGACUUCUUGGCGCGCUUCUCUAAGCUGCUCAAUGGCAUGGGGCAGAGCCUGCUGCAGAGCGCCGGCAAGCUGGCGAAGAGCGGCGACGUCGCCAACUCUGAGCGGGCGCUGAGCGGCGCCGAGAGCAAGGUGCCCGUCGUGCUGGAGCUGCUGGCGCACGAAGACGACGACAUCUCUCUCAACGUCACCACCUUCUGCUACGACUACCUGCACGCUGUCAAGCAGCUUCCGUCAUUGUCAGACCAGCAGAGGGCAAAUGUAGAGGCAAUCCUCAUGGCCAUCAUAAAGAAGCUUGCAUAUGACGAAGAGUUCAACUUUGAGAAUGAGGGAGAGGAGGAGGCCAUGUUCAUGGAGUACCGCAAGCAGCUCAAGCUGUUGCUGGACAAGCUGGCGCAGGUGGCACCGGAGCUGCUGGUGAUCACUGCUCACCGCGUGGUCACCGCCACCCUGCAGAACUGGAAGGAGGCCAAGUUCCUGGAGGUGGAAGUGGCCCUGCGGCUGCUCUACAUGCUGGGCGAGGCGAUCCCCGUGUCGCAGGGCGUCCACUUCUCGGGGGACCCGGCCAAGGCCUCGGCCAUGCAGGAGAUGAUGCGCAUCAUGGUCACGUCGGGAGUGAGUCACUAUGCGCACCCGGCCGUCACCCUGCAGUUCUUCGAGACGGUGGUCCGCUACGACAAGUUCUUCUCCUUGGAGCCGCAGCACAUCCCCGAGGUUCUGAUGGCGUUCCUUGACGGUCGGGGUCUCCGGCACGGCAGCCUGAAGGUGCGCAGCCGCUGCUCCUACCUGCUCUCCCGCUUCGUUAAGGUGCUCAGCAAGCAGAUCUUCCCAUUCAUGGAGGAGAUCUUGACUCGUGUGCAGGACCUCCUCACCCUCACGCCAAGGGAGAACGGUCUGCACGGGCUGCUGAGCAGCGAGGAUCAGCUGUUCAUCUACGAGAUGGCGGGCGCUCUGAUCGUGAGCAGCGAGACGUCGGCCGAGCGCAAGGCGCUGCUCAUGGGGAACCUGCUGCUGCCGCUGACCCAGGCCUUCCCGGGCCUGCUCGCCAAGCUGCUGCACGAGCCCGACCAGGAGCGCCAGGCCGCCAUCGCCGACUGCCUUAGCCACGCGGUCGGCUUUGUCAGCCGCACGAGCAAGGCGUUCAGCAGCAAGCAGACGGUGCGCCAGUGCGGCUGCGCCGACGUCUACCUGCAGUGCCUGCGGCUCUUCCUGCCGGCGCUCGGCUGCCCCGUGCAGCGCGAGGCUCUGCGCGGCGCCGUGCGCACCUACCUGCACCGCAUGGUCGUGUGCCUGGAGGAGGAGGUGCUGCCCUUCCUUCCCGAGGCGCUGCAGGCUUCGCUGCGCGACUGCGAGCCGCGCGACAUCCAGGAGCUCAUCCCGCUCCUCAACCAGGUCAUCGGCAAGUUCAAGGCCCAGAUAGUUCCGUUCCUGCAGCAGGUGUUUGUGCCGCUUGUGACGACGGUGUUCGAGGUGCUGGCGCGGCCCGCCGAGGAGAACGACCAGUCGGCGGCGCUCGACCGGCAGGCGCUGCGCCGCAACUACUUCCAGUUCAUCUACUGCAUCGUUAGCAGCGGCGUCGCCGACGUCAUCUCCAGCCAAGGAUCAGCUCAGAUGGAGCAGGUGCUCGUCACGGUGAUCCAGGGCGCCGUGGAAUUUCCCGAUCCCGUCGCCCAAAAGAUCUGCUUCAACAUCCUCUCCAAGCUCGUUGAACUGUGGGGCGGCAAAGACGGCUUGCCUGGCUUCGGGGACUUCAUGUACAAGAGCAUCGUCCCAGCGUGCUUCAUGGCACCACUCAAGCCCACCUUCGAUCUGAUGGACGCUCAGACCAUAUUGGCUCUUGCGGAGUGCGCCUCUACUCUGAAGAUAAUUCUUCAGAAACGAGGCCCCGAGUUGACUCACUUCCUGCAGCACGAAUACCUCCCCACGCUGUCCAUGGCUCCGGAGGUCACUGAGGAGUUCUGCCAAGCACUGGAGCAGGCAGACCUUAAAGUGUUCAAAAACUAUCUCAAGGCUUUCUUCCAACGUGCCAAGUCAUGACAGUUGAAGAUUCAGGGUGGGGUGGGGGUGGCUGUGGGCUGAGCGGAGGAGUCUUCGCUGAACUCGAUUGUCAACGACCGGAUGGACUUUUCCUGGAAUAUUGACGACGGCCAGAAGGGUUGAAAGAUUGAGAUUGGGGUUAUUAAGGGGGGCGGGUGCG